AUGGACGUCGGUUGGUCGGUAUAUGCAAGUGGUUCGAACGCUGCCGCAGCGGCAAGGUACGACGCCUUCCUGGCACCAGAGGCGCUGAUGAAAGACCUAAAGCGAGUCUUGGGACCCAUUUUCGCCAAGCAAAGGAGGUGCAUCACGCCGGUGCCGCCAAGCGUGCCAUUGCAUCUCAAAAUCGAAGAGCUCAAGAGCAGCACCAGGAUGUGGAUGAAGAAGGAGAUGUCGUUCAGCAUCUCCGUGGGGCACGUGAAGAUGAGCGCCGACGAGCUGGCCGAGAACGUCAAGGCGACCGAGACCGCACUCCUGGGGCGCAUCGGAAAGAGAUGGGAGACCAUCAACGCCCUGAGCCUCAAGUCGACCAUGGGACCCGCGUUCAAAUUACUGUGA